GUGUGUGGAGCGUCCGUGAAUGGAUGGACACGCGUUUUGAAGAUGAGAAGCACGGGGAGACUCUCGGAUGAAGGGACGGAUGGAUGGAGAUCGUGACGACCUUCGACCUCACCGUCCCGCAGCCUUGAGCCUGUGUCACGUGACGCCCCCGUCCUCAGCCUCCUCGCCUCGGAGGCCAUGCAGUGCCGCAGUCAGUGAGUGACGGGCAGCGCGAGCCAAUGAGCUUCACGCCGGUCCCGGCCCUCGUCCCAGACCGGGACAAACUCCCGCUCAAAAAGAGGGACCAAAGGCCGGGCUCGCCAUCGCAGCAUCAGCAUCAUCAGCAUCAUCAGUGUGACGCUGCUACAUUCAAGGCGCCCUACCCGUACCGGAGCCCCAGUGAGAGUAAGACGAAGCACACGGGCCCUUUCCAGCCGGUACCGAGGCGGGUUCCCGCGCUGCACCAGCCCUGGACCCAGACUCACCCGUCCGCCGGGUCCAGACCUCACGACCUCUCUGCAUUCAGGGAUCACCAUCACCAUCACUGGGCCGAGUGGAGACCGCUCAACCCCCCCCUGCACCCCGGGUGGGCCUUCCCUGCGCCCUACCAGCACCACGGCCACCUGUCCGGCACCGCCGCGCUCCUCCACCCGGGCCGCCCGCACAUCCCCUCCAGAUUCGUCCCCGUCUCCCUGGUCGCCGAGGGCGUCGUCCAGAGGUUGCGCGGAGGGCGCGGCUGGGAGCGCCUCAAGGCGUCGAGGGACGACGGUUCGGACCCGGAGAGGCGGAGCGACGGAGGGAACAAGUGGCCGAACGUGAGGAGGAGAGACAGAAGGGCGGAGCACUUCGCCAGGGUCGAGAAGGCGAGUCCUCCGUCACCCGAGGACCUCGCGCUGCACCGUGAAGCGGCCGCCGUCGAGCGCCCCGCUCCCGGACGUUCCUCCGUGAGAGUUCCUUCUGCUUUUCCGUCUUUUGAGCGGGCUUCUUCUUCUUCUUCUUCCUCCUCGAACCGUUUCCCCUGGCUGCUGCCUCACUUUGUGGCGGGCUCCCUGAUCGAGCUCAGGGACGGGCGGCUGAGGAGGGUGGAGCACCUGCAGACGGAGGACUUCCUGCUGGGAUCGCUGGCGUGUCCGGACCUGCGCCUGAGCUGCUGCACGGUGCAGAGCAUCACCCCUUCAGCCCCCUCCUCCUCCUCCUCCUCCUCCUGCCCUGUCUCGCGCCUCCUCAUCCUGCUCCACGACCAGCAGUCCCAGGAGCUGGUGGACGUCUACGUGGAGUACCCGUUCUUCGUGCGAGGGUCCGGCUGGUCCUCCUGCAGGCCCCAGAGGACCGCCCGCCUCUGUGGCCUGCGUUGCCGCCAGCUCAGCGUGGGCGACGUCUGCCUGGCGCUCACCCCCGUCUCCGCCUCCCGGCCUCCAUCGCCAGCCACCCGGGAGCCCCCCCAAAAAAACUCGCCCAGCGAGUCAGCAGGAGGGUUCGAGUCCCCGAAGGCAUCGCCAGCCGGGGGGGCGAAGAAGGGGGCGGGGCCAGCGGUCCGCAGGAGGCACUGUUCCGCCCCUGAGUUGAGGGGUCCCGGGACUCGCUGCGUGUCGUGAACAGGAAGCUGUGCUCAGCCUGUUUCUGCCGUCUUUCUACCUCCUGAAUCAUUUUCAUGUGCUUGACUGUGUAUUUUUUCUUCUUCUUCCAAUCGUACAUAAGGAGUAAAAAGCUAAAGAGGAAUGAUAAGAUAAACUCUCAGGAUUCUGACAUAAGGGUAAACUUAUAUUAGCACAUCUGUCAGGAUGAGUCAGGGAUCACACGCUGAGAGUCUGAGUCAACAUUACAAUUUCUGCUUUUUGGGAUAUUUUGUUUUGUUUUUGGGAAGCUGUUUCUAGUGACAGUGGAUGUGAGGAAGCUCUCGGAGGUUAAAAUGAUUUUAUUUGGGGUUCAAAGUGUUCGUCUCCGCCCACGCGCUCCUUGGAGAAGCACAGACGAAGAAAACUCCCUCAGGUCCUCCACCGCUCGUCACCUCGUCUAAACUUCUCUCCCUCAGAUUACGCAGGACUUCUUUUCUGAUCAUUCACGAAGGAACGACUGCAUUUUAAUUCCUGUGAGUUUCCACAUCGACAAUCAACACCACCCCGAUUGCAUCACCGGGAGUGCGUUUUCCUUCUUUUUUUUACGCUUCUACCUCUAUUUUCUAUUUAAAGUGACGGCUCAUCUGUUAAUCUGUCGUGAUACGCAGCGUCUCCGUGAAUGUGGAUGCCUCUGUUUGCUUGUUACAGUCCAUAUAGCCGCUUUGCUCCUUUUUCCAAAUGGCUGACUCAUCGUUAUCGCCAUAAGCCACUCUUAACCCUCCUGUUACCUUUCGGGUCAAUUUGACCCCAUUCAAUGUUUAAUGUCGGUGUUCUUUCGGGUCAAUUUGACCCCAGGCUGUUUUUCACUGUGCCAAACAUAUAAGAAAUAUCAACUUUUUUAUAUAUUUAAAGGGCUAUUUAGGUCGUCAACAAACAAACAAAGUACCUCACACUUAAACUUGGAAAACAAUAUUAAUUCUAAUAAUUUUCUGGAGGUUUUAAUUGCUGGGGUCAAAUUGACCCCGAGGGUAAAAUAUGUCAGAAAAUAUAAAGGUAACAGGAGGGUUAAACAUUGAAUGGGGUCAAAUUGACCCUAAGGUAACAGGAGGGUUAAGAAAAGCCCAGAUGUGUGUGUGUGGUGUCACAUGUCGGCCCUGCGGUGCGAUUUCCAUCGCACUCUUUUAAAAAGAAGAAAAAAACGAUUAAAAUUGUACAAAAGAUGAAAUGCAAACCAUGUGGGCUCAGCCGUGAUGUCACAACGAGGGCGCCGUGACCUCGCAAAAAAACCUGUUAUUUCUCUCUCACUGCUCCAAUAAAAUACAUUGUCGAGUUUC